UCAGAGUAGGGGUAGGUGAAUUUACCUCAAAAUUUUGUACAUUCGUCUGAAAUGUCACUGCGGGUCUUUGUGAGUAGAUUUUCUGGAACCUUGGGAACUCUGAGAAUGAGCUCAACUGAAGCCAAGAGCCGCAGCCUAGACGGGAAAGUAGCUGUUGUGACAGCAUCAACAGAGGGGAUAGGGUUUGCCAUUGCCAAACAACUUGCUCGUGAUGGUGCAAAGGUUAUGAUCAGCAGCCGUAAACAGGACAAAGUAAUUGAUGCAGUCUCUAAGUUGGAGAAAGAACAAGGUUGUACAGUGAAAGGUGUUGUGUGCCAUGUUGGGAAAACUGAACAUCGCAAGAAUCUUAUCAAAGAGACAUUGGAUACUUUUGGAGGAAUUGACAUCUUAGUGUCAAAUGCUGCUGUUAACCCCACAUUUGGACCAAUACAAGAGACACCAGAGGAAUCAUGGGAAAAGAUUUUUGAUAUUAAUUUGAAGUCAGCUUUUCUUCUGGCAAAAGAUGUUAUUCCAUUGAUGAAAAAGAGAGGUGGUGGAUCUGUAGUGUUUAUUUCUUCCAUUGCCGGACUUCAGCCAUCCAUGCAGGGUCUGGGUGCUUAUAGCGUAAGCAAAACAGCUUUGCUUGGUUUGACAAAGGUUCUAGCCAAUGAAUGUGCUCACAUGAGGGUGAGGGUGAAUUGUGUCGCACCAGGGAUCAUCAAGACAAAUUUUAGUGGAGCACUUUGGCAAAGCGAGUCCUUAACUGAGGCAGCACUUGCUCAAAUUCCCAUGAGGAGACUUGGUGAGUCAGAGGAUAUUGGUGGUGCAGUAUCUUUUCUAUCAUCUGAUCAAGCAUCGUACAUCACUGGAGAAACUUUAGUUAUUGCUGGAGGAAUGCAUUCAAGACUGUGAUUUUAACUUAUAUUUAAAGAAAGACUAAAUUUGACAAUUAGGUGAUCUCAUUGAAGAGAUAUCUUGUUAGACUACUUAACCCCACAAGAAAAAGCUAUGGAAGUAAUUUUAUGUAAACUUUGGAUGUGAUGUAUGAAGGAAGCACUGUUAACGUAAAUUUUAAUAAAGUGAAAAGUCAUGAAAUGAACUUGAGUCGCUGCA